CCGGCACCACGUAAUCCGAACCAGACGACGGGCCACGUGGCUAUUUGUGAGUGGUGCGGCAGAACGCCAGAAUCAUUGACCUCACCGAUCGGAAACCAACGCCUUCUCAUUUCGAUCGGCGAUGCCGACUGCCGAGCGAGCAGUUCUCCGGUCAUCAUGCGCCCUCUGAUCGUGCGUGAGAUCCAGUCCCGAUGGCUCUCUACCUUCGGAUCCUUUCCGAUGAGACUAAGGCCGACAACGAGCCGGAAGUCCCUCCUCCUCCCCCUUCCCUUUCCAGCUUCGAUUAUCAACACAACCGCCUCUUCUCCAACGUCCUCCUGAUCGGCGCCGCCUUAUUUUCUUCGGCCCUCCUCCUUUCCAUCAUCUACUACGCCGUACUCCGCCGCCGCCGCUGCCCCUCACUCGCUGCUGCCGACUUAAGCGUCGGAGGCAAUCAAGACGAUGGAUCGUCGUCGGGAGAAGGGGAUCCGCUCCAUCACGUGUGGUACAUCCGGACAGAAGGCCUCGAGGAGUCAACCAUCAGCUCAAUAUCCGUGGCGGAGUACCGCGCCGGCGACGGCCACCUUGAAAGCGCCUCCACUUGCUCCGUGUGCCUUGGCGAGUUCUGCGACGGGGAUCGCGUCCGCCUGCUCCCUAAGUGCGCCCACGCGUUCCACGUCCCCUGCAUCGACACCUGGCUCCGGGCUCACGUCAAUUGUCCCCUCUGCCGGGCUCUCAUCGUAGGUCCCCAGGGCGAGCCUGCGCUCUCUGGCCUGGACCCCUCUACCACUACUUCGAGGAACUCGAUGGGCUCCGUCUCAGUAUCCUCCGGUGUUGCGGGUCGCCAUGUAGGAAACCCUCUACUUGAUGAACAACAAAACGGAGGAUCACAGAACUCGAUUGACGUCGUGACUCCCGUCAACCCUUUUGGAGAAUUUGAUUCAGUCCCUCAGAGUUCGUCGUCGCAAGAGAAAAUUGAUAUGGGUGCCAACAGUCUGCAGCCAGUUACGCGAUCCGUCUCAAUGGACACACCAUUAAUGAAUUCCCUCGCUGUUAGAAUCGAGCCAGGACAAGCAAUCUUUGAUAAGGAUGGGAAAGAUGCAAACUUUAUUGGAGGGAGUGCAGGAAAGGGUACUUCCUUCAAAGAGCUUGCGAAUCAGAAGGAUCCUUCUGAUAUUGAAAGAUCAGUUUCUACCAAUGGAAGAGGAUUCUUUUUCUCAAGACAUGGGCGGGUUGCCAGAAUACACAGUAUGCAUAUUUAACAUUGGCAUUUGUUAGUUUUCAGGCUGCGGUAUAUACAGAUCAUGGGUACAAGGAGCAGCCAGCCAAUUCAGGAGUUCUCAUUUCUCUGUUUUAUAUACGAUUUUAUUAGGAGGAAGGUUUAAAAAUAUUUUUCCAUGGCCGAGGAUUUUGUUGGCAGUAAACUAAACAACUAAAACUUUGUCGAGGGUGAGUUAUUGGAUGCAUAGCUUCAUCAACUUUUUGCUUAGCAAAGCAAUGCCUGUGCAGUCAUUGGAUGUGUUGCAGAAUAAUCAUUCUGUUUGCUUCUCUAA